GCUGCUGUCUGUCCGUCCGGUGUUUCUUUUAACGUUGGUUGCAUUCUACGAAUCUAUGGAGUGUUUUCAUUAUCAGAUAUCAUUGAAUUUCUAUCUGUAGUAGCAUAAGGCGCCUAGCGCGCCUUCCCGUCACGAUGAACAUGUGUCGGGCUCGAUUGUUAUUCCACUUUGUAGCUCUUAGCCUACUCCCUUUUGCCCGUCCCGACGAGCACAGUCACGUCUAUGAAGAUAACGACGAGGUUGUACUAUGGAUGAGUACAGUCGGACCAUAUCAUAAUCGUCAAGAAACAUAUUCGUAUUACUCGCUACCUUUUUGUAUGGGCACAAAGGAUGUCAUUAACCAUUAUCAUGAAACUUUUUCUGAGGCACUGCAAGGCAUCGAACUCAAAUUCAGCGGCCUUGAGAUUGAAUUCAAGGCUGAUGUUGCAAAACUGGAGUAUUGCCAGAUAAAAUUAAACGAAGAGAGUGAAAAAGCAUUUGUAUAUGCAGUCAAGAAUCAGUAUUGGUAUAAGAUGUACAUGGAUGAUCUUCCAAUUUGGGGGGUUGUGGGAGAGCCAGAAGAAAAUAACGGAGUUGUAUCUUAUUACAUUUGGACCCACAAAAAGUUUGAUAUAGGUUACAAUGGAAAGCAAAUAGUUGAUGUAAAUUUGACUAGUGAAAACAAGGUAAAACUAGUACAAGGUGCAGCCAUUUCUUUUAGUUACGAAGUCAAUUGGAAGAAGAGUAAUGUUAAAUUUGAAGAUAGAUUUGACAAAUAUCUGGAUCCUAACUUUUUCCAACAUAGAAUUCAUUGGUUCAGUAUUUUCAAUAGCUUCAUGAUGGUGAUCUUCCUUGUUGGACUUGUUUCAAUGAUUCUAAUGCGUACUUUAAGGAAAGAUUAUGCUAGAUAUAGUAGGGACGAAGAAAUGGAUGAUAUGGAAAGAGAUUUAGGAGACGAAUAUGGUUGGAAACAGGUUCAUGGCGAUGUAUUCAGACCGGCUAGUCACGCAAUGCUUUUCUCUGCUUUAAUAGGUGCAGGCUAUCAGGUUACAGUUGUUGUUCUUAGCGUUAUCAUUUUCGCUAUUCUCGGAGAGCUUUACACCGAAAGAGGCUCUAUGCUGUCCACAGCAAUUUUUGUGUAUGCUGCCACAUCGCCUAUAAAUGGUUAUGCUGGCGGAGGUUUAUAUGCUCGCAUGGGAGGACGGAUUUGGAUCAAGCAAAUGAUCCUUAGCGCCUUUAUGUUACCUUUGAUCGUCUGUGGCACUGCAUUCUUCAUCAACUUCAUCGCCAUGUAUUACCAUGCUAGCCGUGCAAUACCGUUUGGUUCUAUGGUGGCAGUUACGUGUAUUUGCAUAUUUGUUAUAUUACCUUUAACAUUAGUUGGAACGAUCUUAGGCCGAAAUUUAGCCGGGACUCCGGACGCACCGUGUAGGGUUAAUGCAGUACCUCGACCUAUUCCCGAAAAGAAGUGGUUUAUGGAACCACUGAUUAUUAUAAUGCUUGGUGGCAUUUUGCCGUUUGGUUCGAUAUUCAUCGAAAUGUACUUCAUUUUUACCUCGUUCUGGGCAUACAAAAUCUACUAUGUUUACGGUUUUAUGUUACUAGUAUUCGUUAUUCUAAUGAUAGUAACGGUCUGUGUUACUAUCGUGUGUACAUACUUUUUGCUGAACGCUGAAGACUAUCGAUGGCAGUGGACAAGUUUCUUAGCCGCAGCUUCGACUGCUGGAUAUGUUUACGUAUAUUCCUUCUAUUAUUUCUUCUUCAAGACUAAAAUGUACGGUCUCUUCCAAACGGCAUUUUACUUUGGUUAUAUGGCACUAUUCAGCCUCGCCUUAGGUAUAAUGUGCGGAACUGUCGGUUUCGUGGGCACCAAUGCAUUUGUACGGAAGAUCUACUCCACAGUGAAAAUUGACUAAAGCACAAGUCUAGUGUAUCGUCUACACUAUACCGUGGAUUAAACCCACAAGAGCGUACAGAACGAUGCUACUGCUCUUCGUGAAGUAGGACUCUUCUUCCAUCGAUGCCAUUAAUUAGUUUACUGUUCAAUAAUGACGCGCAAGCGUAUUGUCGCAGAAAAAUUUCUCAACGAGUCUCAACAUUGUAUCUAACAGUAACAACGUGAAUAUGAGAUAUUUUCGUUCAUAUAUUGCGAUUCAUCGAGUGUUUCAUCGAAUGCCGCAAUAUCUUCCCAUAAUUUGUUCGUUGAUCAUUUAGUAGGCAUAUCCGAAGUCGAGUCCUAUGAUAGUUUGAAACGAAACUGUUCGCCAAUUAUUCAGUCACAUAUAUUAUUCGUCCCGUGAGUCACAGUUUCGUGUAAUACGAAACGUUGGUCUGGGCAAUGCAAUUUUAGAAUCAUUACUUAAAGUAACUUGACUAUAUAACGUUGCUCAAUUUCGCUGGAAAUUAUUCAGAAGUCAUUAGUUUUUUUAACGUAUAAUUCGCGCAUAGAAAUAAACC